UCAUGUUGCUCAGCAAACAUUGAUCGGAAGAUGUCUGCAUUUGUUGUGUUUGUUCGAAAUCUAUUGAAUUUUUAAUGUUGCUUGUGUUGGCUAAGUUCUGCAUAUAAAACCUGCCUGUUGUUGUUGGUUUAUCAUGGAUGAUGUCGAGCUGGCAGGAAAAUCUGAUGUCUAUGCGAGCGGUGAUGACGGGCCGACGUCUGUGUUAUCUGAACGAGUGUCCUCCCUUGCUGCCGCGAUCUAUGCCGAAUUUGAACGUAUGAUCCAAAAACAUGGACAAGAAGUAGUUUCGGGACUUAUGCCUUUGAUGGUAUCUGUGCUGGAACAACUAGACUCUGCGUAUAAUGACAACAAUGAACAAUAUGUUGAUUUGGAACUGCUGAAUGACGACAAUGAACAGCUACUAACGCAAUAUGAACGUGAAAAGCAAUUGAGAAAGAUUGCCGAAAAUAAAUAUCUGCGAGUGGAAGAUGAACAUGAACAGGAAAAGCAAGAAAUUUUGAAAAAUCUUGAAGCAGAAAAACUUGAAAAAAGAACUCUUGAAAGUAAAAUUAAGAGCUUGACAGAUCAUGUGCAAAGGACAGAGGAGAGAUUGAAUGAAAAGUCUCGUGAUUACAAUUCCCUUCAUCAAAGGCAUUCAGAAAUGCUCCAUCGCUUUAUGGAGCGAAUGGAAAAAAAUGAAAAAGUUGGUCGAUUGCCUGUUACACCUGGUGGAGCUCCUGAAACACCAAAACUCAAGAGACCUGUGUUAUCCUUGGAAAAUAACGCUAUGCAAGGAUUGUUCAACUCGGUGUCUCAGCCAAACCUUUCGGGUUCCGUGAGUCCAACACCACAAACACCAAAUCAGAACACUGAUUUCAAACCGAAGAAGAGGCUUGGAAAGAAAAAUAAUCUUUCAUUUGAAGACGAAUCUAUGGUAAAAGUCAAUUUGGAAGAUCGUCUGUCGGUAAACAUGUCCGAAGAAGAACAAGUGAACAAUGGGGCUGCUCAAGCCAUGUCUUUUUUGGAAGAAACAAGAACAUUCUCGACGCCUAUUGAAACGAUUGCUGAAUUGAAAGAAAACAGUCUUACUCAGGCAAGUAAAGGGGACGCAACGUCUAGCGAACAUCUGAAUCAAAUAAGAGUAGAACAGACCUUAAGUGAAAUGAGCUCUCAGCCAAGUGGCGAUUCCGAUCCAAGUGGUGUGAAAACGUACAAUGAUUCGGAUGUGUCUCACCCUCCUGUUGUUGGUGUUGAUGAUGUCCGGAAUCUCAUCUCUAGUCCUGAGAGUAAAUCUCAAUCUAUUAAUGAUUCGAUGGUUGGUGAACUUAGUCCAGAUAUUCAAGCUAUUUUAUCGUCGACUCCCGAACUUGAAGGUACCGUAAGCCUAUCUGGCAACAACAGAAGCAGUUUGGAUAAAAGUUCAUCGCACGAUCUCAAAGGUCCGUUGGAGUUAGCUCCAGCCGAAGAAUCAGUGAAUACAAACUCUUUAUUUGCUGAGUUAGCAAAUCAAGAACCGAGCGCGAUUGAGGAGAUUGACGAGGGCGCCGAAAUAUCGCUUAUGGGUAAAGAACUUGAAUCGGUGUUGAAAGAAAAUGAAGAACUCGUUGAAACAAAGAGUAAAUUGCUCACGCUGAAAAAUGAUCUAUUAAAGCGUAUUGAAGAAAUAAGAAGUGAGAAUGAAAUGCUAAAGGAUGAAUCAGCUGUUAUGAAAGAGAAGAUGGAAUCCCUGUCCACCAAAGGGGAAAGUUAUGAAAAACAGAAUCAGGAGAUUAAAUGGCUUAAACAAGAAUUGGAUAAGUCAACCAUGGCUUUGAAAGAGGCCAAUGUAUCAGCUGCACAUCGCAAACGGUUCAGCAGAGUCGAAAUGGCUCGAGUUUUAAUGGAACGAAAUCAAUAUAAAGAAAGGCUCAUGGAAUUACAGGAGGCUGUUCGAUGGACUGAAAUGAUAAGGGCUUCUAAAGAGAAAAGUCUUGAACUUCAACAGAAGAAAAAAUCGUGGGUUUGGAAAUUGUUUAGUGGCUUAUUCAGUGCAACUCCAAAAAGACCCACUCCCAGUCCAGUUAGUCUCUCAAAAGGAUCUCAAAAUGUUUCCACCGGAAGAUCUCCGUCCGAUGCAAGUGCAGAGACACCUCAAGGUGUGGUUGAUAGCCAAGUUGAAAGACAAAGACUUAUGGAGAAACGAACAAGAAUGAAACAGUUGCGUGCAUCGAUGACAUCCGGCAUUCCUGUGGGUCGGAUGCAAGCGUACGGAUGGAGUUUACCUUCACGUUAUUCCACUGAAGGGGCCAAUGACAGUAAAGGACUUCUGUCGGUUCCAGUUCCCAUUUAUUGUAGACCGUUGAACGUUAAUGAACCUGGAAUGAAGAUAUGGUGUGCGACGGUUGUCGAACAACACCUCAAAGAUGGCGGUUCUCCCGUAGGAGGUAGUGUAUUCUACGCUGAUAGUUGCCGCGAAUCCGGUUGUGUUAAAGAUACAUCUAACGCAGGUCCGUCUUUAGAAGAAUCGAACUCGGCAACGUUAUGGAUUGGUAGUAGCACCCACUCUUGUAGCAAAGUGACGGUCAUUGAUGGUAACUCGCCUCAGAAAGUCUUGGAGUGCUUUGUGUUAUGUUCCUCACACCUCUUGUGUAUGACCGCUGUACCUGCUGUUAGCGAGGAAGAUUUUGAUGAUCAAAAGAAGGAUGAUGUUGUCGAUCUUUCCACAUCGUGUGUCCAUAAACAAGACGCAGAUUCCGGAUCUACCUCUGAGGGACAGCCUAAUUAUGCCGAAGCUCAUGAUAGCUUUGGAAGUUUUGAUAAGACCAGUGACUCUUUGUCCACGUCGGAACUUUUUGAUCCUCUUGAUAUCAAACCAAGAGCUGUGCGUGAAGAUUCGGGAACUCCAAGUGGAAAUGGUGCAAAGUCAAAUGAAGAGUCAGUCGACCAAGUCACCACUAUGCUUGCUACAGUUUGGUUUGGUGCUCAAUCUGGUUGCAUAUACAUUCAUUCUGGAAUUUCCAAUUGGAAAAGAUGUCUCCAUUCCAUAAAGUUGAGAGAUUCAGUUCUCAGUAUUGUUCAUAUUAGAAGGAAAGUUCUUAUCGCGCUGGCUGAUGGUACCGUUGCGAUAUUUGAACGUAAACCAGAUGGGCAAUGGGACCUGAAAAACUAUCACCUACUGGACCUUGGACGCCCUCAUCAUUCCAUUCGUUGUAUGACCGUUGUCCAUGAUCAUGUAUGGUGUGGCUAUAGAAAUAAAAUUCAAGUUAUCAAUCCAAAAAUUAUGAGAAUUGUGAAAUCCUUCGACGCUCAUCCACGUCGUGAAAGUCAAGUACGCCAGUUAUCCUGUAUUGGCGAUGGAGUGUGGGUGUCAAUUCGACUUGAUAGUACUUUGCGUCUUUAUAAUGCCCAUACAUUUCAUCAUUUGCAAGAUGUUGACAUUGAACCUUGUGUUAGCAGUCUGAUUGGUGCUGGGAAACUUGGAUUCUCGUUCGUUCGCAUUACUGCCUUACUGUUGACCAAGGACCGCAUGUGGGUUGGUACAGGCAACGGUGUUAUACUGUCUAUACCACUGGUGGUUGCUCAACCAGAAUCUUCAAAAUCUCCAGUUACUUCCCCAGUAGAUAGUGGUGGGCCAGGAGGAGUAGUUCGGGUUUACACGGACACUGAAGGGAAGGGAGAACAGACAGGAAGUUCUCGUUUUAUGCCUUAUUGUUCCAUGGUUAACGCGCAUAUUUCGUUUCACGGACAUCGUGACUCCGUCAAGUUUUUUGUCACCAUCUCUGGGUGCAUGGACAAGGCAACUUCAUUAAUUUCACCUAAGCUGUCGUCGUCGUCAGUGAAAGCUGAGGCCACAUCUGCCGUUCUCGACGAAGAGAAAAGUUGGCUUGUAAUCAGUGGGGGAGAGGGUUAUAUUGACUUUAGAACUGGCGACAAUAUAGAGAGUGGUGAAAACAUUGGUGGUCCCGAAGAUAUUUCUCCUAAUUCAAAAAUAUCUUCAGCUGAAAAUAGUCACCUUGUGGUCUGGCAGGUUACUGGAAAUUAGUAAACUAAACUGACCAGCGCUUCUUUUGUUGCUUCGCUCUGUCGGAUUCAAGUUCGCCCUAACAUUUAUGAUCGUAAAUCGCGCGAAAUUUUCGCAGUCGCGUCUCCAACGGAGAUUGCUGAUUUUUAUAAUUGCCUUAUACAAAUCUGAUUAUAAAAUGAAAUAUUUUAUCAAUUUAAAUAUCUCCUUCACUGGUAAAUUAUUUUUAUAUCGUAUCAGCGAUACCAAGGGACUGUGAGCGAAAUAGAUUCUUCUAUCGUGUUCAAAA